AUGCCGCAAACCAAAAUUGGUGACAUCGGAGGCUUAAAUUCCGGGAAGGCAUUGAAUAGAGCACGGAGGGGUUGGCUCAUCUGGAUGAUCUUCUAUGGAUUUUUCACUGGAUCUCUCAUAGCGCUUAUCAUCGCCGGGCUCAUUUUGUACUUUGCCCGACGUUCUGUGUAUGCUUGCCUGGUAAUCGUGGUUAUGUACAAGCGGUAUGGAUGCGACGCGUCGUCGCGUGUAUCUGGCGGAGUCACAGGUAGUCAGUUCGGAACCACAGCAACUGGAGCAUCAACGAUGGGUGGUACAACUGGAUCAACAAUGGGUACGACUGGUACCACCGGCACGACCGGAGGAACAACUGGUUCAACGAUGGGCACGACGGGAGGAGGCACAACGGGUACGACCGGCGGUGGUACAACCGGCGAUGGUACUACGGGUGGUACAUCAGGAACUUCUGGUGGAGAUAUGGUUACUAUGUAA